AUGAACGAGGCCGGUAUCAAGUUUACGAAAGCAUAUGCCGAUAGCAUCUUGGAUAUAAACUUUAAAAAUGGUGUUCUCGAGAUUCCUCCUCUGUCUACUCAAGAGACAACCGAAACAAUCCUCCGAAACCUCAUCAGCUUUGAGCAAUCUUAUCCAAGUUAUCUUCCCAUAGUCACUUCUUAUGUGAUGUUCAUGGGUAAUCUCAUUGACACCGAGAAAGAUGUUGAGAUACUUAGCGAGCACGAUAUUAUUGAUAACUGGUUGUAUCCUGAGGAUUUAAAGCAAUUCUUCAAGAAGCUAUACCAUGGUGCAUAUGCGGGGCACUUCUUUUAUCUUGACAUUUGCCGUCAAGUGAAGAGACACCGUAACCGCUGGUGGCCGAGGUGGCGCUUUAUGUAUUUAAACACCUUCACCACCCCCUGGGCUACGGUUUCACAAGUAGUUAUUCUCGAAUUCUUGCAGACUUUGUAUUCCAUUCUGGGUGUCAUGGAAGAUAAAAAGAGUUAA